AUGACUUCUACAAUUUGUUUUUGGUGCCUUUUAUCAUUAAAAGAUCUAAGCUUCGUUUAUCUUUCUUCAUGGUUUUCAAAAGUUCUUGGUCCUGAGCAUGAUUUAAUGUUAGGAACCUCAUUUUUUGAUUAUUUUCAUCCCGAAGAACAAGAAUUGGCGCGUCGUGAUUUGACUGAAUUCGUUAAAAAGAAAACUUUGACUUGUUCCGUGACAAGAUGUCAAUAUAAUUCUAUUCAAUCCAUAAGAAACAAGUUACAACGAUCUAUGAUUCCUUCGUCGAAAUCUUUUCAACAAAUGACACAAUAUUCUCCUGUUUCAUCUACAAUGACGUCGCCCACUUCUCUUCAACAGUCCAAUGAUGAAUUUAUAAUCAUGAAUGUUGGAAUGAACGUCGUUAGUCAAGAUAUUGUAUUGGCCUGCUUCCAUUCCGAUGAAGACAACUCGAGAUGUGAAAUAGAUAAAUUGACGUCUCUUAUGCACAAGCAUGUGGAAAAUGGAUUGUCCAAGGUUCAAACGCCACCCUCUACACCAUUUUCCGAGAAUUCUUUCAACGGUAACAACGACGAAACGCCAAAUCGUAUAUUUCAAAUCUUUAAUAGAAAAUCUCUGGAAAUGAUUUUCACAUGGCCAGAUCCAAGGCAGUCUUUUUCCAUAAACGACUCAACCGAUUCAACUUCAGAUUUAUAUAACAAAGAUGAUUUCUCAAGACUUUUACAAGAUGUUUUGAUGACAAAAAAUAAUCAUGCUAGAAUAAAUAAUAAUGGUUCAAAUGAUCCCGAUAAGAAGACUAACAAGGCAGACGCAGGGUCACCAAAUUGUUUAAAACUAGUAUCUGAUAAACAUAUCAUUUUGUUAUCUUCAGGAACUUAUCGUCAAGUUGAAAGUGUGGUAAUUUCUUAUGGUGACAUUAUUUUCGCCUAUUUUCAAAUCCUACCUUCCGCUUAUUCGAAAGGUUCAUUGGGAGUUUCUUCAGCUUUCAUUAAACCAAAAUCAAAAUCAGCACCUUGUUCACCCGCUACUACAAUUAAUGAUAGCAAUGGUCCUAUCAAGAGGUCUAGAUCGCCUGGUUCCCUCUCUCCUUUGUCGUCUUCUUGCAUUAGUACUGAGGUCCACCAUUAUGUUCAAAAUUUUACUUAUUCACAAGACGACGUUCCUGAAUUCAACCUUGAUCAUCGUACCAAGAAGCAUCGAGUUGCUGAACCACCUUCUGCAUCAAUUGGUUCAUCUGAUAAUGAUUCAAAAGUACAUCCCGUGACCGUGAACAUUUCACCUUCUCCGACUCAUUCUCCUCGUCAAUUGUCCCGUUUAUUACCCAUUUCCCCUUCAUAUAAACCUCCUUCCCCCUCAUAUCCUAAUUCCCCACCAUAUCAAGUUAAUUCUUCCUCAUAUCAAGGUAAAGCUCCUACAUAUCAAGAUAAAACUCCUUCAUAUCAAGGUAAAGCUCCUUCAUAUCAAGGAAAAACACCUUCAUAUCAAGGUAAAACGUAUCAACCUAUCCUUCCUUCACAACAACUACGACACAUACAACCUUGCCCUCCUCGAAUCACAACUGUUAAAGACCAACCAUUGCAAACUUCACAACAACCGCAGCAAUAUCAUCGUAUUCUCCCAGCAACACAACCUCCUUCUCAACAACAGCAACAGAGCUAUCCUUCUCCCACCAAUCGUUCUGCUCCGUUCUUGUACACGCCCGUGUUACCACCUCAACAACCGUCAUCAGAAUCGUCAUCUGCGGCUAAUCAAACUCGACGAUUCUCCCAAUUCUCGCCCCAUCAACGUCGAACUAGUAGCAACAAUAAAAAUACUAGCGGCGUUAAGAAAUGUGAAAGUUGUCAUACCUCUUCAAGUCCUGAAUGGCGACGUGGUCCAACUGGACACAAAACUUUAUGUAAUGCUUGCGGGUUGAGAUAUUCUCGUACUAUCGCGAGAGAAAAUCGUAAAAGAGAACAAGCUCAACGUGAUCAAGAACAACGUCAACGAGAGCAAAGAGAACGCGAAGAACGGGCUCGCGAGAGGGCCGCUGCGAUGAUGAUGCAAAGAGUAAUCGAACCAUUUUCUCAAUAUAGGCCGGCUAUACAACGUCAAAUUGAUGUUCCACAACCAGAAGAUUUAUCUGUUUCACAACAAGAUCACAAUUUACCUCGUCCAAAUUAUUUUGAAAGACAACAAAGUGAAGUUGGUGCAAGUAAUAUUAAUAAUAGUUAUCAAACUGAUGAUUCUGAUGAUCAUCGCAGAUCACAACAUAUGACAACCGCGAAUUCUUAUUCGUAUCCAAAAGAAGCCUACUUCCACCGCAAUCAAUAA